UUUUCGGCGGUGGAAAACAACUUUAAAAAUGAACCUAAUUGAUUGAUUUUAAAGAGAUUUUAGACCCUAUUCGAUCAUAGAAACUUCAAACCAUAUUGUCAUCAGAAACAAUCACUGUUCAGGAUGAUAGAAAGUGUCCAAGUUCGACAACGUGGGGCAUUCGAUUUCCAAACCCACUAUGAAAAUCUGUGUGCUCUCCAAGAUUCCUGUCCGUUACCUGCUGUUAAGGCUCACCUGUCCCAGGGAGUACUGGAUCUUAAUGGGGAUAGGCUCAGAGCAAAUGACUGGCCUCCAAUUUUGAACACACUGCGUAUCAACAAAAGCUUGGAGUUUGUGGCUUUCAGAAGUUUCUACACACCCCAAAAUUCUGACAAUGAGAAAAAUCUUGCAGUCCAUCGUAAGAAAAUGCCAGCCAUCCGAUCAAAAGAUGUGACAUAUAGGCUGUGUAAGGCCCUAAGGGAAUGUAUGGCGAUAUCCCCUGCCCUCACCUGUUUGGAACUGCAGGGCCUGCCUCUCCGGGAAAGAGAUCUGACAACACUUACUAAGGGACUUUUCAAGAACACAGGACUGUGUCAUGUCUCCCUGGAAUUCUGCCAUAUAGGAGACGCUGGGUUAGAGACGAUAUGUCGCGGGAUUAAGAACUCAACCACAAUCAACUCUCUUAAUUUAACUGGGUGUUGCCUGUCUUGGAAAGGAGCGGAGUGUCUGGCGAAAGUAAUCAAGCACCAGGCCAUGAAGCGUCACAACGAAGCGUGGCGGGACAGCUUGCGUUACAGGCGACCUGACCUUGACCGCAUGCCAGGAAUACGCCGCAUCACUGUCAACAACAACCCGUUGCUUGGAGACCAAGGAGCUAUCUUAUUGGCUGAGGCAUUAAAGGAUGAUUUGUGGUUAAAAGCUCUAGAUCUUCAGUCAUGCGGGAUUUCAUCGUCAGGGGCAAGAACUCUCCUGGAAGUGUUGAAAUACAACACAACAGUCGUGGUAUUAGAUGUUAGGAGGAAUCCACUUAUAGACAGAGAUGUUCUACACAGCAUUAUGGAACAGUUAAUGUUGAACUGCAAUGGUCAGGACACGGAGUACAAAUGGAUAAAAGCCGAAGAAUCUGGUGAGACAAACAAGGCCAACCCUAAAUCUGCAGUGCGUAAACGGAGGACAAAGACUCUCAAUAUCAGUUUCGGAAGGAAAACAACGAUAAGGGUGCCACUCUCAACAGCUAGGAGGAGAACAAAGUCUGCUGGGUCAGCCAAUGGGACGACUCGUAACAUAACUGUCAAACCAGCAUCAGGGUUACCGUGGAGAACUGCAGCCAGAGCCAAUAGACACAGAGGUUUCCCACCCGAGUUGGAUCCGCGAAGUCCGUCGAUGUACGACCCGUCUAACGGGAUGAUUCCUCACCACGCCUCUAACCCGGAGCUGUCAGUCAUCGUGGGUCAUGAAGACAGCAAUGAGGGGGACACGUUUGGGGAGCUGGGAAAGUUGGAUCUGGAGGAGAGUCAGAUAAACGGGGAAAUCAAACAGAUUCGUGGUGUCAGGGUAGAGCUUGAGCAGCUGAGGCGCCUCCUGAAGGAAGAGACUGACGCCAGAAAAGAGGCGGAGAGGAAAAAUGUGGAGCUCAGCCUAGAGAACAAGCGGCUGAAGGAUGAGCUUGUGGAUUUGAGAGUAAACCGUGGCAGCAUCCUGGAGGAGGAUUUGGUGUUAGAGAGUAUAGAGGCUUCCUUCAGGCAGUUCCAUUCUUUCUUAGAUCUGCUCCGCGAUGCUGGCUUGGGUCAGCUCAUCACAAUGGCAGGAUUGGAUCAGGGCUCCAUGCCAUUUGGCCAAGGCUCUACAUCAUUUGGUCAAAGGCCAGAGGGCAAGUUCAACUCUAAAUCCAGUCUCCAUGGCAACAAGGCCAUGAACAAGCCAAUCCUUAAUCCUUCAGCAAGCCAUCCAGUGAAGACAAAAGCUCAGAACCUGUUUGCAGGAGAUAUAAAUUCGGCUCCUCAAGUGUCCACUUCCUACGGCUCUUAUGAAGAAGGUCAGGCAAUCACUUUCGGUCCCCAUGGCAACAGUGGCCUUGGUAACAGAGUAAAUGUUGCCAGCAGCAUGGAGGAUUUUCCAGAUCCGGCCAUGUCGGGAGUGGAAGAGAGUUAUGGGAGAAAUCUACGGGAGAUGAAAGUGGAUGAUUUGUAUGAGAAACUGGUACAGGACACCAGAGAGGUUUUGAACACGGACUGGGAGUCCAAAAUGGCGGAGGCCCAGAGUGGAGGCAAAACUAAACCAUCCAAAGCAGGGGGACCUCUAAAAGAGGUGAGUGAAAAAAGCGUUAAAAGUGAUGAUGGAGCAAAGACAACACCAGUCCUGAGAGAACCGGAGUUACCUUUGGGCUCUGUAAGAGGAGAGGACAUUCAUGAUGUGGCAGACCUUGAAUCCAUGGACGGAGGCCGUGGAACGAAGGGCGACAACUCUGCUGGCAGUAAUAACCCUGGUGUGAGAAGAGAGGCAGGGCAGGAAAUAGAAGCUAAGGACAGAAAUGUUGAUACCCCGGAUCCGAAGUCUGGGCACAGCGAAGCAAACUACAGCAUGGACGGCUUUGAAGAGUCCUAUUUGAGUGAGAGAGGGGAGGUAAUCCAAGACAUUGAUCUUUUAGGAUCUCCGUCUCCUCCGCUUCAAAACAGUGAUGAUGAUGAUUUCUAAUGUAAAAAGAUUCCAGUCCAGUGGAG